AUGAAGCCAGACCCCGCUGGAGGUUGCGUGCUGUUGCUGCUGCUGAUGGCCAUGGUGCUCACCAGGACAGGGGCAGUUCCUGUCUCCAGUGCCCUCAGUGUCUCCUCAGAUGCGAGGCACUGCCACGUGGCCCAGUUCAAGUCUCUGUCCCCACUAGAGCUACAGGCUUUCAAGUCAGCCAAGGAUGCCUUUGAAGAGCGGCUCCUGCUGAAGGACUCCAGGUGCAGCUCGCGCCUCUUCCCCAGGGCCUGGGACCUGCGGCGGCUGCAGGUGUGGGAGCGCGUGGUGGCCCUGCAUGCUGAGCUCGCCCUGACACUGGAGGUGCUGGGCUCCGUGAGGGACCCAGCCCUGGAGGACGUCCUGGAGCAGCCCCUCCGCACGCUGCGUCACAUCCACUCCCAGCUCCGGGCCUGUGUCCCAGCUCAGCCCAAAGCAGCCCACAGGCCCUGCAGCCACCGCCUGUCCCGAUGGCUGCAGCGGCUCAACCAGGCCACCAAGAAG